AUGGAGCUGCAGCCUGAGCAGGGGGAAAUACUCCUCACUACGGGGGACGGUACCCAGUGCCAGGGGACCAGCUCCGAGCUCUGCCAGCUCCCUCAUGAUGCGGGGGAGGCUGGUGGAGGGGAGGACAUCCCAGCUGUCAGCCAGGAGGCUGGCAGGCGAGGCCAGGCACUGCAGCCGGGGGAAGAGGAUGUGCUUGGCCCCAGCAACAAGAAGGCCCCCGAAGAGCAGCAGGAGAGCGAGGACAGCAAAGUCCAGGACUCCCAGGAGGGGCUGCCUGCCCCAGGGGAGAGUGAUGCGUCCCCUGGGGAAGCCUCGCGGCCAGCAGAUGAGCCCCCCAGCACCUGCCCUCCUGCCCGGGAGCGGGAGCCCGAGCCGGAUUUCUACUGCGUGAAGUGGAUCACGUGGAAGGGUGAGCGGACGCCCAUCAUCACCCAGAGCGAGAACGGGCCCUGCCCGCUCCUGGCCAUCAUGAACAUCCUCUUCUUGCAGUGGAAGGUGAAGCUGCCCCUGCAGAAGGAGGUGGUCACGUCAGAUGAGCUGAUGGCACAUUUGGGGGACUGCAUCCUAUCCAUCAAACCCCAAGAGAAGUCAGAAGGGCUGCAGCUGAACUUCCAGCAGAAUGUCAACGACACCAUGAUGGUCCUCCCCAAGCUCUCGACAGGCCUGGACGUGAACGUACGGUUCACAGGUGUCUCCGACUUUGAGUACACACCUGAGUGCAUAGUCUUUGACCUCCUCAAUGUCCCGCUCUACCAUGGCUGGCUGGUGGACCCGCAGAGCCCCGAGGUGGUGCAGGCCGUGGGCAAGCUCAGCUACAACCAGCUGGUGGAGAAGAUCAUCACCUGCAAACACUCCUGCGACUCCAACCUGGUGACCGAAGGGCUGAUUGCGGAGCAGUUCCUGGAGUCCACGGCCUCCCAGCUGACGUACCACGGGCUGUGUGAGCUCACGGCUGCUGUGAAGGAGGAGGAGCUGAGCGUCUUCUUCCGCAACAACCACUUCAGCACCAUGAUAAAGCACAAGGGCCACCUCUACCUGCUGGUGACGGAUCAGGGCUUCCUGCAGGAGGAGAGGGUGGUGUGGGAGAGCCUGCACAACGUGGAUGGUGACAGCUGCUUCUGUGACACCGACUUCCACCUCAGCCAUGCCCUGGGCAAGGAGGCGGCUGCUGGGGCACCCCCAGAGCAGAGGCAGGUGGACCAGGACUACAUGAUUGCUCUGUCCCUGCAGCAGCAGCAGGGACAGGGCCCCUCCACACUCAGUGACCUUGAGCUGGCCCGCCAGCUGCAGCAGGAGGAGUACCAGCAGCAGCAGCAGCAGCAGCUGCGGCCAGCCCCAGCCCCUGCACAGGGCCGAGCGCAGCCGGGUGGCCGGUCAGCCGUGGAGCGGAGACAGCGGCAGAAGGACUCGGACUGCACCCUCCUGUAGUGUCCAGCGGGACCCCGCCCCCGCUCCUGGGGGAGCACCAGCCGGAGCCCCCCUGUCCUGCGGGGACGGUGCCGGUGUCCCUGGGGACAGCAGGAGGGGGGCAGGGGACGAGGGCUGCCCCUCCUCUCCUGCGGCCCAGACCCCCCCAGUAUUUCCAGUGGCCUUAACGUGGGGGUGAUGAAGCCCCAGGUGCCCCCCGCACCUUCAGGAGCGGGGGACUCGUGGAGCGGGGUCGGGCGCCCCCCUUCCCAGUCGCUGCCUUAACCCUCGGCCAAUAAAGGACUUUUCCCAGGG